AUGGAAAUUCGUGUGUUGAUCAUCGGUUAUGGAUUUACUGUCAUGUUUUUGUUCAGUAUUUUAGAAGCUUCAACCGUAGAUGAAAAUCGCCAGUGCACCCGGUACUUCUACACAGAAACUGUCCGACAUCCAAAGAAGGAUUGCAACGAAAAGGUUGUCUUGAUGUCGAGAUGUGCUGGCCGAUGUGAGUUGAUGUCAUCAGCUGAUCCAGUCAUUGGUUUCCGUAGUAUUCUCAAACACCCCUUUACUUAUCGAUGUAGUAGUUGUCAGGAUCAAAGCUCAAUGAUGAAGGCAGUUCGAUUGCGGUGUAGAAAUGAUGAGAGGGUGUAUGCUGUAUACCGCUACAUACUACAAUGUCACUGUUCAGCAUGCAAGAUUGGAUUACAUCGCCGUUCUGGCUCAACGGUCAAGAUACAAAGGAACUGAAGUACAGCACACUGUGUCAUGGAGUUACUUACGGAGUGAAGGGCAACACCGCACCAUGCAGAAGAUACAACAAGGAAUCAUCCACUGCGAAUUCAUCACGAAAACCGUACAACAAUUGGGCAACAAUUAGGCCAUGGGCCGAAAGUCAAAAAGUCCUCUAGAGAUAGGAGAAUGUUGCAGCCCCAAGGGUGAAGGGGAGAUGUAUUUAUCAAAAUGUAGGGAA